UAGUGCCUUCCUUUGUCGUCCACAGCUUUUUUUGAAUGAGAUAUAUGUUUCUCCCUGGUUUUAGGCACUGAUGCCCAGAUUCAUGUACGUGAACGGUGAGAUCGUAAAGAGAAAAGAUGCUAUCCAUGUGAACGAUGUUCGAGAUUUGGUGUUACACUUGGUCGCAGAUGCACCUCCACCUAACUGGGUCAAGGUCGAGCACGCCCGAUCAAUUGAAAAAGUCGUAGCACUCCUCAUACCUGGAAUUCUUCCUUCUACAUUGGCUCUUCCACCUCUGCCAACCUCAGCAACCUCUAAUCCAAAUGUCCCACUAUCAAUCCCUCUUCCUGCAGAAUCGCACACUCCCAUUCCCUUCAUCGCAUCUACUUAUAGUCAUGCGUGCCCAACGCGUGCUCCAGGCGACCAAACUCGGAUGUACUCCGUUCUCAGCGAGUUCUUCCAAUGUCAGGUCACUCCACAAGAGAAAGCCAAGAGGCAAGCACAGCGAGCCUCACAACGUGCCUUCGACAACACGCCAGCAUUGUAUGAGUUAACGUUGAAAGAGAUGAUAGAAAACGAGUACCCGAUUCCCUCAUACAUGGCUGAUGUAUUCGAAAAGGGACCCGGUUGGAUCGAGACUCCACAGGCAUCUGAGGAAUCAAUGCUUCUUCUUCCAGCAGAUAAGCGGGAAUCAAAAAUAUAUGCCAUCGACUGUGAAAUGUGCUUGACAGAGGAUGGCAAAGAACUUACUCGAAUUUGCAUGAUCGACUACGAGAGCGGAAUAGUCGUAUUUGACAAACUCGUCAAGCCUCCCAAGCCAGUCAUCGACUACAUGACAAAAUGGUCAGGUAUCACGGAAUCUCUGCUCGCAUCAGCUACGACAACUGUGGCUGAAGUCCAAGCACAGCUCAUGCCCAUCCUCGCACCAAAAGAUGGACCGACUUCCAUCCUCGUCGGACACUCCCUUGAAUCUGACCUCCGAGCUCUCCGGAUCUGCCACCCGCGGUGUAUCGAUACCGCGGUCAUAUUCCAUCACCCCCGCGGGAGACCGUUAAAGCCGGGGCUUGCGUGGCUCACCAAAAAAUGGCUGAAUCGCGAAAUCCAGACUCGGGGUGAUAGCGGACACGACCCCGAGGAGGAUGCACGGGCGUGUAUUGACCUCCUGCGGGCGAAGCUGAGAUAUGGCCCUACCUAUGGGGAGUAUAAGACCGAUUUUGAGAGCAUAUAUGAGCGUAUGGGGAGGGCAAGUGGGAGGGGAGGACCGGGGUCUGUGCGGAGUGCAGUGGUGGACCACGGGAACCCUGGUGUGAUGCAUGGGUCAAAAGCCACAUCGAAUGUACCCUGUACCAGCGACGAAGAAGUACUCGAGGGGCUGCUGCAGGCUAUUCCAGCACACGAGUUCACAUUCGGACGGUUUACCGGAGUCGCAGAUGCACUGGGUUGGUUAACACCAAAGACUACGGCUGGAGAGACGCCUGUCACACCAGCUGAACCAUCCCCCACCGUUCUCACCAACGCCCAAGCAACCCUUAACAACCAGCUGAUCACCCUCUACACAUCCCUCCCUGCACGAACGGCAUUGAUAAUCUUCACCGGCCACUCAGAUCCCCGACGCAUGGCCAGCUUAAAUGCCAGGAAAUCGGCAUUCGAGUCUGCUAUUAGGAGCGGGAAGAAGGCUGAAGACAUCGACAAGGCAGAUUGGUGGACGGCUAGUGAUGGACGGGAACUCGAGGAGGAAGUUGAGAAGGCGAAGAGGGGAUUAUUGUUUUUGGGAGUCAAGUGAGGUGCAAGAGAUGAGUUGUUGGACUCGCAUUGCUGUCUUGUUACUGUCUCUCGGCGGUUCAUUCUUGUGCAUGCAUUUCUGCUUUGGCAUAUUUUGACCAUUCGAUUUUGUUGUUCAUUCGUCCCAGUCGAGACCCAGCACUCCUUCCUUUCCACCUCGUACAGCAGCUUCUACGGCUUCUGCGAGUUGU